AUGGAGAUCCAGAGAAAUAUCUCAGAAUUCAUUCUUUUGGGACUUUCAUAUGACAAGAACAUACAGAUAUUUUGCUUUGUUCUAUUCCUAUUUUGUUAUCCUGCUCUCUUGUUUGGAAAUCUUCUCAUCCUUAUUUCCAUUCUAAGUAGCUCCCUUUUUUACCAACCAAUGUACUAUUUUCUCAGCCACUUAGCCUCUCUGGACAUCUGCUAUACUUCUAGUGUCACACCCAAGUUAAUUACUGAUCUGUUAUUUGGAACAAAAUCCAUCUCCUAUUGUAAUUGCAUGCUACAGGUCUUUACCAUGCACUUCUUUGGCAGUAUUGAGAUCUUCAUUCUUACUGCCAUGGCCUUUGAUCGCUAUGUUGCCAUCUGCAAACCUCUCCACUACAUGAUCAUCAUGAACAGGACAAGGUGCCAUCUUCAUGUCUUAGCUGCCUGGGCCGGUGGGGCUGUCCAUUCCUUUCCACAAUUACUUAUGGCCAUCUCAUUACCCUUUUGUGGUUCGAAUGAAAUCAAUCAUUAUUUUUGUGAUAUCUUCCCUUUACUAAAGGUUGCCUGCACUGAUACUUACUUUACUGGUGUUCUUGUGCUUGUCAAUUCAGGGAUGGUUGUCUUAGCAAUUUUUGUUCUUUUGUUUGGAUCUUAUGUGAUUAUAUUAUUCACCUUAAGAAAUCACUCAGCAGAGGGCAGGCGCAAAGCCCUGUCUACUUGUGGCUCUCAUAUCACUGUGGUGAUCUUAUUAUUCGCUCCUGCAAUAUUUAUUUACCUUAGACCUCCUACCACUUACCCUGAAGAUAAAAUAUUUGCACUAUUCUAUACCAUCAUUGCUCCCAUGUUCAAUCCUUUAAUCUACACUCUGAGAAAUACAGAGAUGAAAAAUGCGAUGAGGAAAGUUUGGUGUCAAGGUUAUUUUCAACGAAAGCACACAAUUAAUUGA